GAGCGACUCUGGUCCCUGGCCGUCUUUACCUUAUAUGGUAAUCAUAACCAUAUAUGUCACAACACAAACAUCUAUAAAUAAACGUUAUGAAUGAGUGUAAUAUGACCAUAUAUGAAGAAAGCGUAAUCAAAUAACGUGCGAGGGGUACCGAAUGGAGAAACAAGAAAAAACAUCGUUGGAAUAAUCUCCCCUUUUGAUUGCACACGAGCUUUCAAACGGUUGAGAUCCGGUGCCCAAGACAGGAGAAAAGUGAACCGUAUUGCUGGGGACUCCAAUGCUCAUCGGAUUAAGGAUAUUCUUCCUGACGAUAUAGCUGUCAAAUGCCUGCCAAUCUCUGAUGAGAAUAUGUAAUGACAAUGACAUUCGCCAACUCUGUUUUCAAAGGUGCCAAAUUUUCUUGUGAUCGUUUUCGCCAUGCAUUGUUGAGAGACUUGCGGAAGAUGGAUGUUCAACAGUUGUAUCUUCAUCUAGGCUCAAAUGACAUUCUUACGAAUGAAGCGGUGUUUUACCGAGAUGUAGCUGACUUGUGCGAUUUGGUGCAUCAGGAGGCGCACAAUCGGUGUCCAGAAUGCAGGGUUGUUUGCUCCAACGAAGACGCUUUGCUGAGCCACUUCUGCACUCGCCACAUCAAGCAACCAGAGACUGGAAAAGAGAGUAAAAUUAAGCUGAUAGGCUCACCAAUGAUUGCAUCUGCUAAUCAUGAACUCAACGAAGUCAGCUCAAGGAAGUGGAAGGCAUGCUUGGAAAAUAGAAGUUUCCAUUAUGAAGGAACAUACAAACAUUUCCCACCCACCAUGUGGAUCAAGAUGUUUGGGCUGAUGAUUCUGGGUCUUAUGUGUGGACAAGGUGGUCUUCAUUACAUCAUGAUGCAGCUGUGUAUUCAACAACAUGUUAACCUGUCCCAGCGGAUGUUGAUGCUCUUAAAUCUCUUAAAUGAUGUUGAGAAAAAUCCAGGACCGGAGUAUUCGUGCAAAUGGAUAUCCUGCAAGGAAGACUUCCACUCCAUAGGACAGCAAGAUGCACAUAUCAUCUCUCAUGUGGUUCAAGAGAAAUGCUGUAGAUGGGGAGACUGUACCAAAGUCCUGAGCUUUAAUAGUCUUGAAAACCAUGAACUUAAACAUCUCUAUGAUGUGAGUUUAGCACUGUGUAUGAACUGGUGUUGCUUCAUUUUCUGCAUAUCUUUAUCUCAGUCUUCUCUAGUUUUGAUGGUCAAAUACAUAUUGUCUGCCAGUUUUUUCCCCCAAUACUGCCGUUCAUCGUUUGCUUGCAUCAAGAGUUUUAAAAGAAAUUAAAACUCAUUUGUUUAGUUAGAAUCUUAUGAAAGACUUAAAUGGCCAUGUUUAAUACAAUUGUAUAACAACAUAUAUGAGCUAAAAAAAUAGUUGGAAUAAUUAAUGUUUAUAUGAACAUAACAAAUUUACUUAAAAUCAUAGGUCUUGUUUUUGUCUGCCACUAUAAGAACCAGAACAUAUUUCGGACAUUCGAGGAUUGACUUGCUGUGUUAGAGGAUCAUCAGGUGAUGGAAGAAACCAGGCUUUUUUCGACUCAAUGUUGAUGAAACCUGAUCGACAUGCUCAUCUUGGUUGAGUAAGCCUGGGUUGAGUGUUUCCAAAAAGUAGGUAACCUGGUGAAAUCUUAGGAAAACAUUGUAACCAGAUCCAGGUUUAUUUGACUGACAGACCGAUUGACAGUGGGUCAACCGUAAAUCCCUUCAUGUGAAAACGGUAGGGACAAAAUAAAUAUCACAUUGCUCUUCUGAGUUCAUUUGAAAACCAAGUUUUAUCACAAAAUUAAAAUGGUCAAUGUAUUAUUUUGUGUAUUUAAAAAUUAUGUGAAUAUUAAGUUUCAUGAAAUCUUACUGAGUUUUCUCAAUUUUAGCUACUAUUCGGACAUGGACUGACGGACAAAUGGGCAACAAUGUCGCAAUUUGUAUACCAAGUUUUAUAAGAAUUGUUUCAUAAAAGUAACCAAUG